AUGUCAAACUCAGUGAAAAGUAUUUCUGUAAGCUAUAACCCUGUAAAUAAGCAGAACACCUUUUCCAACGGAGAUGUCCUCGCAGGCCGGGUGGUUGUGGUGAUUGCCAAGGAAACCAAGAUCAAAACGCUACUGGUCAAAGUCAGAGGCAAAGCAGAAGUUUUCUGGACUGAGCAGCAAGGCUAUCGCAUUGAUAUUUAUGACGCCAAACAGAAGUGCCUCAAACUGGAUAAAAUCCUCCUUUCCCCCAAGAAAGAUGAAGGUGAUAUUGUCCUCGCGCCUGGAAGUCAUGCGUACCCCUUCAUAUUUCAGCUCCCACAGGGGAGAUUGCCCUCGAGUUUUACAGGAGAACACGGCUCUAUACAAUACAAGGUGGAAGCCAAACUGAGUCGUUCGUGGCGGAUACCAAGCAGAGCCAUCUCUCCCUUCAUGUUUCUGUCAAAGGUUGACUUGAGCACCCAUCAGCUCAUGCUACCCCAACAAGGAAUCAUCACAAAGACAUUUAAAGUUUUCACCUCUGGAAAUGUCACCUUCAAGGUGAAUCUGGAUAAGUCGAGCUUCAGGCAAGGCGAGACGGUGAAGGUCAGGGUGGAAGUGAGUAACGGCACUUCUCGAGAAAUCACACCCAAGUUCUGCGUGACUCAGAAACAGAACUUCUUUGCCAGUGGGAAAAGGAAACUGCACAAGAAUACGGUGCUAAAGGCAGCUGGGGAGCCAGUUCCUGCAAAAUCAGAGCAAACCCAUGUUCGCAUGGUCAGCCUUCCUCAUGACUUGUCUGUAUCCAUCCUGAACUGUGAUAUUCUCAAGGUGGAGUACAAGAUUCGGGUCUACCUGGACAUCCCCUACGCCAUAAACCCAGAGCUCAAGAUGCCCAUUGUCAUUCUUCCUGCUAGCUAUGUGUCUCAUUCAGCUGCCAAAACAAAACAACCUGGUCCUGUCAGGGUGGGCCUGAACCCCAGCCUGGUCCAGGUCCAGAUGCAGGUCAAGCUGCUUCAGAAUUGCUUGACUCUGGUGCCGAGCUCCCUCUCGUAUCUGUUUGUCAAAAAAUUUGCUGGCAUUUGA